AUGCCAGCAGCCUUGUUCAGUACACUCGUGAACCAUGCCUCGUUCGCAGGCGCAACACCCGUUUCGAACCAACCGACGUCGAAUAUGACCUUUUCAAACGUCAACAACCAAGCAAAUAGAGACAAUGGCUUCCAAAUACUAGCCGACGGCACUCAGGAUCUCGCGGCAUUAGUGGGUCUAUUUGCUACUGACGGCGUAGAGAGAUACACAAUUGAUUACACACGAGGUUUCCUCCCUCCAGUAACCGCGCCUCUAUCACUGUUAGGUUUGUUAGGAUACGUUCGUGCGCUGCUCAAACUGAGCCUAGGCAUCGACUUCUGCGAGCGUACCGGCUUCUCGACAACAAGCUUGCGAUCAUUCGCCGGAGUAAGACGCCGCGAUGUGGCCCAGAGUGAAAGGAUCAUCGAGGUGCAUUAUUUAGAGCGUACAAUUACCGCGUCGUCCGUGGAAUGGAAGAUUGUAAAAACAGUACCACAUACUCAAGAGAGUAUGCCUUUGAUCGCUGGCGGUGGCAAGCGGGCAUUGCGUGAUCGAAGAGCUUACGACCCAUCCUUCAGCAUCGCGAUGUGCUCACUAGCCAGGAGUGGUUCCACGGCUAGGUUAGCACUUGGAAUGUGCGGGCUUUGCUUGAUGCUCACCGCAAGUCUUUCCAGCUUCAUGAUUGUAAUGUUCGCCGCUCCAUGGACUUGGGCGCGAUUCUUUGCGUGCGUUGGUCUGCCGGCCUCGGUCCUUGCAGGAGGCUUGCCAUGGUGUUGGGUGUAUAUCACUGAACACUUGCCCUUCGAAUCUUCCGAUUGGUUUCGAUCCGACUGGAAGAAUGGCACAACCCUAGUAGCUCGAUCUGCGGAUGUACCUGGGAAGUCCCUGAUGCGUAAGAAUCAUUUUGCGUACUUCGCAAGGGACGACCACUUUUACAUCUUCGACUGUCGUGCGGUCUCUGCAUCCGGGCUCCGUGCCAUAAGAAUGGCGAGUUCCUGCGCUGCAAUUUGCAUCACAGUCGCCUAUGUGUGCCAAUAUAUCGAGCUACGGUCUGCUUCAGCAAAACAAUCUGGGCUUUGGCUCGGUAUCCAAGGCAUACUGGCCAUAAUUCGAAUCCUAGCUUGGGACUGGGCCCCGAAAAUUCUAGGCUUCUCCACGGAGGUUGAUAUCAGAUGGACAGACCAGCGUGACUUGAUUUUCAAAGAUUCGCUCACCGAGCUGGAAAUCACACUUUGCUGGUCCUCUGUUCCAUAUACUGCUCCUAACGUGAUUUGGGAGACAAAAAAUGAAUCGAAAGCUGAAAGAGGCAACCCAUCUCAGGCCCCUUCCUUACCCAGAUGGCUCGUUAGUAAGAUUGAUAGCGUGAGGUUGGUAGAUGCCUUUGGCCUAUGGAACAGACUCCGCGGACGAGUGACGAUUGCAAGUGACUUCUACCAGCUUCGGGACGCCUCAGCACACUGGGACAUGCCCGACUACAUCUUUGUCAGGUGGCUGCAACUCAGAUGUCGGGCAUAUGGACAUAACAUUGGCUGUAUGGCAUCCAAGCGUCGAAUGGGAGUAGGUGCAUGGGUAUGUCGAAUCAUACAAGACAUGGACGGCAACCUACACAUGAUACCGGGCAUCUCCCUCCACGUAUAUUCUGAAGAUCGUAAAGUCGCUCCGUCAGAUGAGAUGAUAUUCUUCUCCCAUUUCGACGACCCGGAGCUGAACAUCUUAUGUUUUCCAAGAAAGCAUGCUAAUGAGACGGAAAAAUUGUACCAGGGCAUUGGAGGGUUGCCCAAUGAUCAUCGAGCCAUGCCAGGGCUCGCCAAGCGUGCAUUGGAACCGUUUUAUCAGCAGAUCGUGGGCGAGUUGUGGGCGGAGAUGCUUUCAGCAUUGGGAGUCCUUGGAUUGGCUGGGACCUGA